GUAUCAGUCCUGAGAAACAUCACCUGCUGGAGCAGGCCUUCUGCUGGCCUGAUCUCCACUGAGCUGCCAGUCCUAUCUUCACCGUACCUGCCCUCUUCCCCCUUACUCCAAUCAUGGUCUGGUUGAGCCAUCUGCCUUUCUGACUUCUGUUUAAAAAAGAGACACCAACCUCGUCUCCGAAGUGUUGACCAGAUAGUUGACUAGUUGACUAGUCAUCCGGUUAAAGAAACGUACUUGCCCGUCAACUUUUCAUUGUGUAGCCCAGUGCGCCCUCCUGUGGUCUCUUAAAAAUGGUUAUUCACCAACAUCUUUUUCAUUGUUGUUACCAAAUAAUGUCUCAUAAUUUAUGUUUUACAGAUUAAUGUUAUGUUUUGAGAAAGUAGAUAACAGUUUAAUACUAAAAUAUAAAUGAGUAUGAACAAUUUACAUCAAAUAAAACUUUAAUUUCAGUGAUGUGCAUUGACAUAAACAAUGAAAACACUGUUGGAGUUUGUGUUGCAGAGAUGCACUUGGAAAGUAAAGGAAGAUGGGUUGAAUAAAUAAAUAAAAUAAAUUAAAAAAAAUAUAUAUAUAUAUAUAUAUAUAUAUAUAUAUAUAUAUAUAUAUAUUAUAUUUUAGACAUGUAAUUUAUUUUACAAAUAAAUCAUUGCAUAUGAAAACAAACAAUUGAAUCUCGACCUCCAUCCCUAUAUUGUCACAGAAAUCACAAUGAAAAUUCAGCUCCACCACCACCUCUGGAUCCCAUUGCACUGCAUCGCAGUGCUUGAGGCGUCACUAAAGCCCUGGAUUCGAUCCCAGGCUGUGUCACAGCUGGCCGUGACCAGGAGACCCAUGAGGCGGCGCACAAUUGGCCCAGCGUCGUCCGGGUUAGGGGAAUAUUUGGCCGGCAGGGAUUUCCUUGUCCCAUCGCGCUCUAGCGACACAUUGGUGCGGCUGGCUUAUUUUCCAGUCCAUUAAAAUUUUGAGCUCGAGGUGAUUUAGUCCUUCAACCGCUAGAGAGUGUCCGAAGUUAGGGGGUGUUCGAUGUUGGGGGAAAAUUAGCUAGCAAGACAGCACAAACAGAUCUGGGACCAGGCUAACAUUGUGUCUUCUAAAGUGAUAGCUAGGCAUAAUUGCACCUCCUGUGUAAGACUUCCCAUUACAAUAACAAUAGCAACAACUGAAGCUCUUCAUCCCUUGUUACUCAAAUAAACCAUUUAAAACCUGUCAAAACAUCUAGAUAGCUAGCAAUUCUGGCCCUGAGAGGCACAGCAGCAGGUAUACACGGCAGAGUAGCUAUACUUUUCAAUUGAUUAAUUGUUAGACUUAUUUGAAUAAACAUUCGUUUAAAGGGGAUGUUUUGUGUACCAAUCAAUAUAUUCAUGUUGUAAUAGUACCCCACAUUCUGCAGUGUAAGCUGUAUUAGUGUGAAUGCAAUUUUCAUCAUGAGUCAUUGCUCAGGAAUGUCCGCCUGCUUUCCCACAGGGCCUGAUUAGAGAGCAGAGAGCUGAGGGUUUGAAUGAAACCACUCUACACACCCACACUCCCUCAACACUGAGGGAACUCCUCUCAUGUCUCACAUUAUCAUUAUCUCACAAUGAGCCCUCUCAAGGGGAAGGUAUACAUCACUGCAUUAAAAAAAUGAAACAAGCAUCCAUCACAAACAAUAUUCUGAUAAUAUUUGUUUUAUACUUAGGGGUUGUAGGUAAAUGCAUUAAAAUUACUGUGGAAGAGAUGCAUCAUUUAUAGAAUAGAUAUUCAUAGCUCCAGUGACAAUUUGACUCAACUUAGUACAUUGCAUUGCAUCAAUUACAUUAUUAUUACAUUAUUGAUGCUCCUGAGUAGAUAUAUUUACAGUUAACCAAUGACCACAUUUCCUCCCCAGGACUUUCAUUAUAUAUAGUGAAGUGGCGCCGGAGAAGAUGGCUGCCGUUUUACAGCCCUCUAACCAAUUGUACUAUUAUGUGUGUUUUUUCACGUUAUUUGUAAUUUAUUCUGUAUAUAAUGUUUCUACCACCGUCUCUUAUGACCAAAAAUAAAUUCUGGAUAUCAGGACAGCGAUUACUCACCUGGUAUUGGACGAAGAUUUUUUCUUCAACGAGCCGGACGCGAAGGAUGUCCUACAGACACCCGACAAGGCCCAAAUCCCUGUCAUUCGCAUGAGAAAGAGACAGAGAUAUCGUGGACGUAGGUCGGGUUCCUUGUAAGGAUCCAACGGCGAGCGAGUAAACUGCCUCUUCCAUCAUUCCUAUUAGCCAAUGUUCAAUCAUUUGAGAACAAAUUGGACGACCUAAGAUUACGGUUAUCCUACCAACGGGACAUUAAAAACUGUAAUAUCUUAUGUUUCACCGAGUCGUGGCUGAACGACGACAUGGACAACAUACAGCUGACGGGAUAUACGCUACAUCGGCAGGAUAGAACGGCUGAUUCCGGUAAGACAAGGGGUGGCGGUCAGUGUACAUUUGUAAAAAACAACAGCUGAUGCACAAAAUCUAAUACUAAGGAAGUCUCAAGGUUUUGCUCGCCUGAGGUAGAGUAUCUCAUGAUAAGCUGUAGACCACACUAUUUACCAAGAGACUUUUCAUCUAUAUUUUUCGUAGCUGUCUAACUACCACCACAAACCGAUACUGGCAUUAAGAUUGCACUCAAUUAGCUGUAUAAGGCCAUAACUAAACAGGAAAACGCUCAUCCAGAGGCAGCGCUCCUAGUGGCUGGGGACUUUAAUGCAGGGAAACUUAAAUCCGUUCGACCUAAUUUCUACCAGCAUGUUAAAUGUGCAACCAGAGGAAAAAAAAACUCUAGACCACCUUUACUCCACACACAGAGACGCAUACAAAGCUCUCCCUAGCCCUCCAUUUGGCAAAUCUGACCAUAACGCUAUCCUCCUGCAAAAACUAAUGCACGAAGCACCAGUGACUCUGUUAAUAAAAAAGUGGUCAGAUGAUGCAGAUGCUAAGCUACAGGACUGUUUUGCUAGCACAGACUGGAAUAUGUUCCGGGAUUCUUCAGAUAGCAUUGAGGAGUACAUCACAUCAGUCACUGGCUUCAUCAACAAGUGCAUUGAUGACGUCAUCCCCACAGUGACCGUACGUACAUACCCCAACCAGAAGCCAUGGAUUACAGGCAACAUACGCACUGAGCUAAAGGGUAGAGCUGUCGCUUUCAAGGAGCGGGACUCUAACCCGGACGCUUAUAAGAAAUCCCGCUAUGCCCUCAGACGAACCACCAAACAGGCAAAGAGUCAAUACCGGACUAAGAUUGAAUUGUAUUACACCGGCUCUGACACUCGUUGGAUGUGGCAGGGCUUGAAAAUUAUUACAGACUACAAAAAGGAAGCACAGCCGCAAGCUGCCCAGUGACACAUGCCUACCAGACGAGCUAAAUCACUUCUAAGCUCGCUUCGGGCAAGCAACACUGAAGCAUGCAUGAGAGCACCACCUGACUAUGUGAUCACGCUCUCCAUAGCCGAUGUCAGUAAGACUUUUAAGCAGGUCAACAUUCACAAGGCCGCAGGGCCAGACGGAUUACCAGGACGUGUACUCCGAGCAUGUGCUGACCAACUGGCAAGUGUCUUCACUGACAUUUUCAACAUGUCCCUGACUGAGUCUGUAAUACCAACAUGUUUCAAGCAGACCACCAUAGUCCCUGUGCCCAAGGACACUAAGAUAACCUGCCUAAAUGACUACCGACCCGUAGCACUCACGUCUGUAGCCAUGAAGUGCUUUGAAAGGUUGGUCAUGGCUCACAUCAACACCAUUAUCCCAGAAACCCUAGACCCACUCCAAUUUGCAUACCGCCCCAACAGAUCCACAGAUGAUGCAAUCUCUAUUGCACUCCACACUGCCCUUUCCCACCUGGACAAGAGGAACACCUACGUGAGAAUGCUGUUCAUUGACUCCAGCUCAGCGUUCAACACCAUAGUGCCCUCAAAGCUCAUCACUAAGCUAAGGAUCCUGGGACUAAACACCUCCCUCUGCAACUGGAUACUGGACUUCCUGACGGGCUGCCCCCAGGUGGUAAGGGUAGGCAACAACACAUCUGCCACGCUGAUCCUCAACACGGGGGCCCCUCAGGGGUGUGUGCUCAGUCCCCUCCUGUACUCCCUGUUCACCCAUGACUGCAUGGCCAGGCACGACUCCAACACCAUCAUUAAGUUUGCUGACAACACAACAGUGGUAGGCCUGAUCACCGACAACGAUGAGACAGCCUAUAGGGAGGAGGUCCAGGACCUGGCCGUGUGGUGCCAGGAUAACAACCUCUCCCUCAACGUGAUCAAGACAAAGGAGAUGAUUGUGGACUACAGGAAAAAAAAGAGGACUGAGCACGCCCCCAUUCUCAUCGACGGGGCUGUAGUGGAACUGGUUGAGAGCUUCAAGUUCCUUGGUGUGCAUAUCACCAAUGAACUAUCAUGGUCCAAACACACCAAGACAGUCGUGAAGAGGGCAUGACAAAGCCUAUUCCCCCUCAGGAGGCUGAAAAGAUUUGGCAUGGGUCCUCAGAAAGUUCUACAGCUGCACCAUCAAGAGCAUCCUGACUGGUUGCAUCACCGCCUGUUAUGGCAACUGCUCGGCCUCCGACCGCAAGGCACUACAGAGGGUAGUGCGUACAACCCAGUACAUCACUGGGGCCAAGCUUCCUGCCAUCCAGGACCUCUAUACCAGGCGGUGUCAGAGGAAGGCCCUCAAAAUUGUCAAAGACUCCAGCCACCCUAGUCAUAGACUGUUAUCUCUGCUACCACAUGGCAAGUGGUACCGGAGCACCAAGUCUAGGUCCAAAAGGCUUCUCAACAGCUUCUACCCCCAAGCCAUAAGACUCCUGAACAGCUAAUCAUUGCUACCCGGACUAUUUGCCACUGCCCUCCCACCACCAACCCCCCUUUUACGCUGCUGCUACUCUGUCUAUUAUUUAUGCAUAGUCACUUUAACUCUAGCCACAUGUACAUAUUACCUCAAUUACCUCGACUAGCCGGUGCCCCCGCACAUUGACUCUGCACCGGUACCCCCCUGCAUAUAGCCUCCCUACUGUUAUUUUAUUUUACUGCUGCUCUUUAGUUAUUAGCUUUUUUUUUUUUUUUUACUUAACACUUAAAAAAAAAAAAUCUAAAAAAAUGCAUUGUUGGUUAAGGGCUUGUAAGUAAGCAUUUCACUGUAAUGUCUACACCUGUUGUAUUCGACGCAUGUGGCAAAUAUAAUUUUAUUUUAUUUUAUUUUAUUCAACUUUAUUACAUCUGCAGUCAGAUAGAAAUGCUUAGCGUCUAGGUAGGUAUUGAGCUGCACCCCUUCUUUUGGUGAAUUUGUGUGUUUGAUGUCCAGAAUUGACAAUAUCACAUGUGCCAACUAAAUCAGUCUUUGUCCAGUUAAUUAAAAUCACCCUCCUUGCAUAGAUUAUACAUCGGGCUAUUUGUACUUUAAUUUCCAUUUGAUUGUGCUCAAUUGAUUGGGGAAAAUAAGUCCAUUUACAUUUGCAAAGACUUACUACAGGUAGACCGAGGCGAGGCUAUGUUUGGAUAAUACCCAUGCCUUUGAAUGUGCUAAACAGCGAUACUACAGCCUCAAUUCCAUGGAGAUGAGACCAUUGUGUUAUGCUGUUCAAUCAGGUUUAGCCUAUCUGCUCUUCUCCCUAACAUGGGUAGCAGUGGAGGCUGGUGGGAGGAGCUAUAGGAGGAUGGGAUCAUUGUAAUGGCUGGAAUGGAAUUUUGGAACGGUAUCAAACAGAUCAAACAUAUGGAAUCCAACUGCUCGACAUCCAACUGUAAGGCUCUACAGAGCGUAGUGAGUACAGCCUAGUACAUCACUGGGGCCGAGCUCCCUGCCAUCCAGGUCCUCCACACCAGGCGGUGUCGGAGGAAGGCCCUAAAAAUUGUCAAACUCCAGCCUCCCAAAUUAUAGACUGUUCUCUCUGCUACUGCACAGCAAGCGAUACCGGAGCGCCAAGUCUGGGACCAAAAGGCUCCUAAACAGCUUCUACCCCCAAGCCAUUAGACUGCUGAACAGUUAAUCAAAUGGCUACCUAGAGUAUUUACAUUGGGGGGUUCUAUGCACACACACUAGACUCUACCCACACACUCACAGAUACUACACUGACACUCCAACAUACACACACACACAUACACACACACAAAACACACACGAAUAUUGACGUCACACACACUCACACAUAGACACACUUUCACACUCUUUCACACUCUUCCCAUGUGCUGCUGCUACUGUUUAUGAUCUAUCCUGAUUGCCUACUCCCUUUUACCCCUACCUACAUGUACAUAUUACCUCAAUUACCUCAACUACAUCUUAAUCAUGCACAUUGACUCGGUCCCGGUACUCCUUGUACAGUACAUAGCCUCGUUAUUGUUAUUUUAUUGUGUUACUACUUUCCUUUUUUAUUUAGCAAAUUUUUUUUCUUACUUUUUAACUCUGCAUUGUUGGGAAAGGGCUUGUAAACUCCUUGAUUACACCUACAAAAUGGUACGCAGCAUCAUCUGGAUAUGUGCGCAACAAAAGUUCAACAUUCACCUUCUGCUACCAUUUCUGUCAUUUUUUAAUUUUUUUACUGUCAUGCCAUCUAUGCAUCAAUUUUGCAUCAAUUUUGCAUCAAUUUUGACACAUAUGUUCGAUAAAUCCAACAUAUGCACCACACAGAACGCACUGCAACUGCCUCUGCAAACGCAGAAUUCCAUUGGAAAUGAAUGUACUUCUGGUGUACCAAAAUGCAAUGACGCUGUCGGCGUAAGUAAGCAUUUCAGGGAAAGUCUACACCUGUUGUAUUCGGCGCAUUUGCCAAAUAAUAUUUUAUUUUAUUUUAUUCAUACUGUAUGUCCCAUAUUUUUCUUGAUAGUACAUUCAAAUAUUGUCUUUUGGCAUGAACUGAAUGGUUAAACAUAUUCAUGAGUUAUAAUUAAUUUGAAUUUUCAUUAUCUGUGCAUAUCUUCUUUCACAACUCAUCAGUGCUCCUUCAUAAUAGAAACACAAUGCUUUGUAUUGUAUCGUGAUAAUAAGCUUGUUAUAAUACUGUUGGAAGUGGAACAUUUGGGAUCUUCUUGUUCUCAUGUGUGUGAAGGUGGUUUUGUUCUUCAUUAUGGCUAUAAUUGGAUUAUGCUCUGCUCUGUGUGUGUGUUCGUGUGUGUGUGUUCUUGUGUUCGUGUGUGUGUGUGUGAGUGUGAGUGUGUGUGUGAGUGUGUGUGUGUGUGUGUGUGUGUGUGUGUGUGUGUGUGUGUGUGUGUGUGUGUGUGUGUGUGUGUGUGUGUGUGUGUGUGUGUGUGUGUGUGGGUGAGUGAGUGAGUGAGUGCGUGCGUGUCUGCAUACGUGCAUGUGGAAGUGAGCGUGGCUUGUCCUUUCCACCUGGAACCUAAGCAUAUGCAGCUGACGAACGGAGGGUCUGCACAGACUGGAGAGAGCUGGAGAGAUCUACUGGCUGAAGGUAAAGUAUAUUACUUUAUACAUCAUAAUACUAUAUUUAAUAAUUCUAUAACGUUCAAAUAAGUAGCAUAAGCAAAGGUUGUCUUGUAAUUUUUGCUAUUUUGCUACAAUAGGAAACACUUGCAUGCUUUCUGCAUUUUAUAUUGUCAUUUGUUUGAAUAGUUUUUAGCAAUAGUGGUAGUUCCAGUAACAAUAGUGCUAGUUGCAGUUACGUUCAAAUAUACUGUAAUAUUACAGUCGAUGUCUGUGCGUUUCUGGUAAUUACCUUUCAUAUUAAUUUGGUAAUGUUGCAGUGGCCUUUUACAAUCACUGGCAUUAUUUUCAUGCAUCUAUGUAUGUUUUCAAUAUUACACAUAAAUAAUGUAUUUUCAAAAACAAAUUGAUAGCAUUUUGAUGCUUUGGGAGCCUGUCUCAUUGGAGUAUGAUUGUUCUUUUACAUAAAAAUACUGCUGACAAAUAAUGCAUGUCUAUAAGGCAAAACAUCUGAAACCAAAAACAAAGAAAAUCUUAGGGGAAAGAGAGACAGAGCAUAUAAGUGCUUGCGUGAGAGAUUAAAUCAAAUCUUAAUGACUUGCUAAACUGCUUGCUAGGUAAAUGGUCUGUUGUGAGGCCAAAGCAAACACACACCCCCAGGCUCUCAUCAGAUAGCUGUGUGUUAGCAUACCUACUGCUGGCUCUGCUUCCCAUGCCAGAUGAGUCAGGCUCGUAAGUGCCCAUUUAUAUGCCCACUAGCAAGCACUUCCACCACCAGCCAGGGUCCAUGGCCAUGGGACCGCUUUCACUAUCACAGUGCUUAACCCAUUACAGUCUAAGCCCUGUCUAGGCCGGGGGAGCUAUAUGGAAUUGUUUUAAGAAGGUCAUACCAAGGAUCAUUUUGCUAUUUUAUUUUGGGGAAAAAAAUCUAAGGGAAGUUUGUUCUGAAGUGUCUGUCCUAUAUAUGAGAAAUAUAAGAAAGAUCAGAAAACGUUUGUUAUCUUUUUGGACAUGUAUUUAACCCCUUAUUUAUGGCACUAAACAGUCUAAGCCGGGGGAUGGGUUCUACUAUAUGGAAUUGUUUUAAGAAUGUCAUACCAAGGAUCAUUUUGCUAUUUGAUUUUGAAUUUUAAGCCCCUUGAAAUAUCAAAAAUAUAUCUAAAACAUAAAUUUUUGGGGGGGCCUUACUGCUAUUAGCCCAUACAAACGCAUUGAAUAACAGAUUCACUACAUGGAACAACAGAUAGUCCCCCCAAAAAAAAUCUAAAGGAAGUUUGUUCUGAAGUGUCUGUCCUAUAUUUGAGAGGUAUAAGAAAGAUCAGGAAACAUGUAUUUAACCCCGUAUUUUUGGCACUAAACAGUCUCCAUACAGUAUAUGAUGUCCUUCCAUUCAUUUUUUCAACUGGUACCGGGGGACCUUCAGACGAGUAUUGUGAGGCCUGUGGGCAUUCUAGAGCAAAACAACUGACAUGUAGGUGUAGCCCAAACUGUUCGGACGCUACAGACAGAAGUUGGCAGAUUGGCUGUACUGACUUCAGACUGGUCCCAAAACGCUGUUCGUGAGAGUCUCAUCUUUCCAUAGAGGAGUCAUAAUAUACUGAACAAAAAUAUAAACGCAACAUAUAAAGUGUUGGUCCCAUGCUGAAAUAAAAGAUCCCAGAAAUUUUCCAUACGCACAAAAAGCGUAUUUCUCUCAAAUGUUGUGCACAAAUUUGUUUACAUCCCUGUUAUGAGCAUUUCUCCUUUGUCAAGAUAAUCCAUCCACCUGACAUGUGUGGCAUAUCAAGAAGCUGAUUAAACAGUAUGAUCAUUAUACAGAUGCACCUUGUGCUGUUGACAAUAAAAGGCCACUCUAAAAUGUGCAGUUUUGUCACACAACACAAUACCACAGAUGUAUUAAGUUUUGCGGAAGAGUGCAAUUGGCAUGCAGGAAUGUCCACCAGAGCUGUUGUCAGAUAGUUAAAUGUACAUUUCUUUACCAUAAGCCGCCUCCAACGUCGAUUUUAGAGAAUUUGUCAGUACGUCCAAUUGGCCUUACAACCGCAGACCACGUGUAACCAUGCCAAUCCAGGACCUCCACAUCCGGCUUAUUCACUUGCGGGAUUGUCUGAAACCAGCUACCCGGACAGCUGAUGAAACUGGGUUUGCACAACCGAAGAAUUUCUGCACAAACUGUCAGAAACCAUCUCAGGAAAGCUUAUCUGUGUGCUCGUCGUUCUCACCAGGGUCUUGACCUGACUGCAGUUCGGCGUUGUAACCAACUUCAUGGGGCAAAUGCUCACCUUCGAUGGCCACUGACACGCUGGAGAAGUGUGCUAUUCAUGGAUGAAUACCGGCUUCAACUGUAGCGGGUAGAUGGCAGACAGUGUGUAUGGCGUCGUGUGGGCGAGCGGUUUGCUGAUGUCAACGUUGUGAACAGAGUGCCCCAUGGUGAUGGUGGGGUUAUGGUAUGGGCAGGUAUAAACUACGGACAACGAACACAAUUGCAUUUUAUCAAUGGCAAUUUGAAUGCACAGAGAUACCGUGACGAGAUCCUGAGGCCCAUUGUCGUGCCAUUCAUCCGCCGCCAUCACGUCAUGUUUCAGCAUAAUAAUGCACGGCCCCAUGUCCCAAGGAUCUGUACACAAUUCCUGGAAGCUGAAAAUGUCCCAGUUAUUCCAUGGCCUGCAUACUCACCAGACAUGUCACCCCUUGAGCAUGUUUGGGAUGCUCUGGAUCCACGUGUACGACAGCAUGUUCCAGUUCCAGCCAAUAUCCAGCAACUUCGCACAGCCAUUGAAGAGGAGUGGGACAACAUUCCAUAGGCCACAAUCAACAGCCUGAUUACCUCUAUGCGAAGGAGAUGUGUCGUGCUGCAUGAGGCAAAUGGUGGUCACACCAGAAACUGACUGGUUUUCUGAUCCACGGUCCUACUUUUUUUUUUUAAGGUAUCUGUGACCAACAGAUGCAUAUUUGUAUUCCCAGUCAUGUGAAAUCCAUAGAUUAGGGCCAAAUGAAUUUACUUCAGUUGACUGAUUUCCUUAUAUGAACUGUAACUCAGUAAAAUCUUUGAAGUUCUUGCUUGUUGCGUUUAUAUUUUUGUUCAGUGUAGUUUGUAGGCCAAACCGUUUGGAUGCUACAGACAAUACAAGACUGAUUUUUGGGACAUUUCAUGGUCUGACAAACACUGCUCUAACUCUGUCACCUUUCACCGCAGAUUAACAGUUUAAACUGAUUUUUAUGUUUUUUUAUUUAUAAUGCUAAUUAGAUUUCCGCUGGGGCGCGGACAUCGACUCUAGGGGGUAAUCUGUGUCCACACUGCCUGCACUAAUACACUUCAAUUAGUGUCAAAUUGUCAGGCAUCUACUUCAAAUAUUUAUGUUGAAUGGAAAUUGAAAUGUGUGCUUUGUUUCGUUUGGUGCUGUAUGUUUCCAUACUAUUAAAAUCAAAGUUUAUUGGUCACGUACACACAUUUGCAGAUGUUAUCCCAGGUGCAGCGAACAUAGUUACGAUUUUCAGCCUGACUUUUUCAUGUGAAUUUUGUUGUUUCGUGUUCUGCCGAUCUGCUUUUGUUUUUUUUGCACCUUCCUUGUGGAAUGAUCUCCAAGGCUCUCUAAAGUUGGAUGAAUCGGUGGGUAGGUUACGCUUACCAACACUCCCCCUCUUCAGUCCUGUAAUGUUCACAUGCGUGAAACACACGCCUUUACCAGCACAAACUGUCACAUCACAUAGUCCUUCUAUCCUUACAUGGCCAUGUUGGGCUGAGCAUGAGCAUGAAAGCCCAUAUGAUCAGACAAGCAGCUUUCUUCCAGGGGGGCUAAUGAUAACUGAUCUUCACAGUACAAAGCUCCGCAGGCCUUUUCAUGUCACCUUCAUUGAGUGGAGGGGCUGCUGCUGCUGAGCUGGAGGAUAAAGUGGCUGGCCCAUUGAAGAGAGUAAAGAGGCCAGUAACAGACAAUGCUCCACUGCCAUCGCGGUGCCACUGAAACACACAACCAAAAUAGGAAUUAUAGAGAGAGAGAGAGAGAGUGAGAGAGAGAGAGGUGCUAAGUGAGCUCUUUCAUAUAUUACAUAGAGCAUUGAGAAAAUGCAUACACAGAUGCAUGUGUACAAAAGAACUGCAGCAGUGUAACAAGAUUGGCAACCCCUUUGGAUGCAAAAUAUUAUUAGUUACACAGUAUAAUAAAUCAACAAUGAGAUGAAUAAUUGCAAACAACACAGGGAAAAUUUGAAAUAAACCAGGCCAGGCCCCUGAUUGAACUGGUCAAACAAUAAUCUCUGAUUCACCUCAUAAAAUGAAAAUGAUAUAUGAUUGGCACAAUAUUUUUCAGGACACGCACACUGCUGGUGCAAUGGACGAGCCUCUCUGGACCUCAGUGUCAGGUGGAGCCCUGCAGUAGGAUGCUGGAGUCUAUGUUUGUCUGGGGUUCCCCUCCUGUGACCUCUCACCUUUGGCUGCUCAUUCUGUCCUGCUCUCUUCAUGGUCAACCAGCCCUGUCUGACCUGGGUGAGUGAGAGGCAAACUGAAUACAGAGUGCACAGUAUCUAUGCUCUCGCUUUUGUUUCUGUUAUUGCAGUUUAAUGUUAAAGAGUGGAGCCAAAUGUGGUCAGGAACUUGGUGUUGCCUAAUGAUUGCAUGCAUAAUUAAUACAUAGACUGGUUGCUGCACAAUGAUUGCAUAAUACUGGUGAGUUAAUUUUUCUCUGUCAUUUAAUUAAUGACAUUUAUAGAACAAUGUUUUCAUUAGAGAUAGGUCCGCCCUUUAUGACCUGCAACACUAAUACUACGAGUUCAUUAUGUAUCAAUGAAAUACUGAUAACUAUCAUGAUUUCUGCAAUGAUCAAGACCAGUUUUUCUAAAUAGUUCCCAUGCUAAUUUCCAGACCCCAUGUAUAAUGUGACAAAAGGCUUUAAAAAAUCUGCUUCAGCUUCAUCUGUCUCCUAGCAACAUGCAGCUUCACACCACACCGUAAUCUGUGAUUUCUCCCAGUCCUCAGAUAGAUUGGGUGUUUGGGAACAUAUUCAAUCAUUAGAUCUUUUGUAAAUUCAUAUAUUAAUGUUAUUGAAUCCUCUUAUGUUUUUUAUUUUAUUCUUUAGAGUAAUAACUCAAAACAAUACUCACUUUUGCUGGCUACUUCACUGUCAAUUAUUGCAUCUAACAUUCAUGUUUUGAAGUAAAGUAUUCGUAUUACUAUACAUACAGUGGGGAAAAAAAGUAUUUAGUCAGCCACCAAUUGUGCAAGUUCUCCCACUUAAAAAGAUGAGAGAGGCCUGUCAUUUUCAUCAUAUGUACACGUCAACCAUGACAGACAAAUAGAGAUUUUUUUUCUCCAGAAAAUCACAUUGUAGGAUUUUUAAUGAAUUUAUUUGCAAAUUAUGGUGGAAAAUAAGUAUUUGGUCACCUACAAACAAGCAAGAUUUCUGGCUCUCACAGACCUGUAACUUCUUCUUUAAGAGGCUCCUCUGUCCUCCACUCGUUACCUGUAUUAAUAGCACCUGUUUGAACUUGUUAUCAGUAUAAAAGACACCUGUCCACAACCUCAAACAGUCACACUCCAAACUCCACUAUGGCCAAGACCAAAGAGCUGUCAAAGGACACCAGAAACAAAAUUGUAGACCUGCACCAGGCUGGGAAGACUGAAUCUGCAAUAGGUAAGCAGCUUGGUUUGAAGAAAUCAACUGUGGGAGCAAUUAUUAGGAAAUGGAAGACAUACAAGACCACUGAUAAUCUCCCUCGAUCUGGGGCUCCACGCAAGCUCUCACCCCGUGGGGUCAAAAUGAUCACAAGAACGGUGAGCAAAAAUCCCAGAACCACACGGGGGGACCUAGUGAAUGACCUGCAGAGAGCUGGGACCAAAGUAACAAAGCCUACCAUCAGUAACACACUACGCCGCCAGGGACUCAAAUCCUGCAGUGCCAGACGUGUCCCCCUGCUUAAGCCAGCACAUGUCCAGGCCCGUCUGAAGUUUGCUAGAGUGCAUUUGGAUGAUCCAGAAGAGGAUUGGGAGAAUGUCAUAUGGUCAGAUGAAACCAAAAUAGAACUUUUUGGUAAAAACUCAACUCGUCGUGUUUGGAGGACAAAGAAUGCUGAGUUGCAUCCAAAGAACACCAUACCUACUGUGAAGCAUGGGGGUGGAAACAUCAUGCUUUGGGGCUAUUUUUCUGCAAAGGGACCAGGACGACUGAUCCGUGUAAAGGAAAGAAUGAAUGGGGCCAUGUAUCGUGAGAUUUUGAGUGAAAACCUCCUUCCAUCAGCAAGGGCAUUGAAGAUGAAACGUGGCUGGGUCUUUCAGCAUGACAAUGAUCCCAAACACACCGCCCGGGCAACGAAGGAGUGGCUUCGUAAGAAGCAUUUCAAGGUCCUGGAGUGGCCUAGCCAGUCUCCAGAUCUCAACCCCAUAGAAAAUCUUUGGAGGGAGUUGAAAGUCUGUGUUGCCUAGCGACAGCCCCAAAACAUCCCUGCUCUAGAGGAGAUCUGCAUGGAGGAAUGGGCCAAAAUACCAGCAACAGUGUGUGAAAACCUUGUGAAGACUUACAGAAAACGUUUGACCUGUGUCAUUGCCAACAAAGGGUAUAUAACAAAGUAUUGAGAAACUUUUGUUAUUGACCAAAUACUUAUUUUCCACCAUAAUUUGCAAAUACAUUCAUUAAAAAUCUUACAAUGUGAUUUUCUUGAUUUGUUUUUCUCAUUUUGUCUGUCAUAGUUGACGUGUACCUAUGAUGAAAAUUACAGGCCUCUCUCAUCUUUUUAAGUGGGAGAACUUGCACAAUUGGUGGCUGACUAAAUACUUUUUUUCUCCACUGUAACUCGCAAUGUGGGUGCCUAACUGGUGCACUGACCAUCGCUGUAUCCCUUCCCACGACAAGUUACUGACAAGCAGACUGACUGGGUCUCAUGUGUUACUUAACAUAGCCUAUAGGAUCAACCCUUAAUAGGGAAGUCUCAGAAUACAGUUUGUCAAUUUUCUGCCUGUUCUCUCUCUCCGGUUUGUAUCUCACACUUUUGUCUGUGGUCAGUGUUCUCCACCCGUCCAGAGGAUGGUGUUGGUGUACUGGGUGCUCCUCUCACACUGUACUGUGCAGUGUAUGACUCCAGCAGCCAGGGGGAACUGUCUGUUAUAUGGGAGAGGGCCAGUGGAGAGCCAACAGCACUGAGUCCAGGGCCUGGCAGAGGGAUCCACCAAUCGGUCAACGGAUCUCUGUUCUUCCCCCAGCUGAGAGAGGGGGACCUGGGGAGAUAUGUCUGUAGUGCAGGCAUUGGAGCCAAACACAUCAUGACUGUUGUCCAAGUGAUGGAAGCUGGUUAGUUGGCCUUCUCAGCUCUUCUAUAUGCCUCUGCUGAAAUAAUAAAAUACAUUAGCUUUAAUACACAUAUCAUCUGGCUUUUUUGUGAAAUCUGUCUCGGAAAUGAGAAAACCAUAGAUACAUUUUAUCCUUUGUUUGAUACUCUGUGUGUUUGUGUGUAGACCUGGAGGGGGUCUUCUUCAGUCCUCAGUCUCAGACAGUCAGUGAGGGUCGGGCAGUGUUCCUCCAGUGUGUCUCAGGGGACAGCUCACCCCCUGCACACAUCACCUGGCUCAAAGACAACACACUCUUUACCAAAGGCGCUCAGAUUCAGGUAUCAAAUGCAUUAGUCUGUGCAUGUACUGUAUGGAUUUGAUUGCAUGUCUUUUUUGUGUCUUUGUGUAUAUACAUUUGAUUGUGUGUGGCUAUGUACAGUGGGGAGAACAAGUAUUUGAUACACUGCCGAUUUUGCAGGUUUUCCUACUUACAAAGCAUGUAGAGGUCUGUAAUUUUUAUCAUAGGUACACUUCAACUGUGAGAGACGGAAUCUAAAACAAAAAUCCAGAAAAUCACAUUGUAUGAUUUUUAAGUAAUUGAUUUGCAUUUUAUUGCAUGACAUAAGUAUUUGAUACAUCAGAAAAGCAGAACUUAAUAUUUGGUACAGAAACCUUUGAUUGCAAUUACAGAGAGCAUACGUUUCCUGUAGGUCUUGACCAGGUUUGCACACACUGCAGCAGGGAUUUUGGCCCACUCCUCCAUACAGACCUUCUCCAGAUCCUUCAGGUUUCGGGGCUGUCGCUGGGCAAUACAGACUUUCAGCUCCCUCCAAAGAUUUUCUAUUGGGUUCAGGUCUGGAGACUGGCUAGGCCACUCCAAGACCUUGAGAUGAUUCUUACGGAGCCACUCCUUAGUUGCCCUGGCUGUGUGUUUCGGGUCGUUGUCAUGCUGGAAGACCCAGCCACGACGCAUCUUCAAUGCUCUUACUGAGGGAAGGAGGUUGUUGGCCAAGAUCUCGGGAUACAUGGCCCCAUCCAUCCUCCCCUCAAUACGGUGCAGUCGUCCUGUCCCCUUUGCAGAAAAGCAUCCCCAAAGAAUGAUGCUUCACGGUUGGGAUGGUGUUCUUGGGGUUGUACUCAUCCUUCUUCUUCCUCCAAACACGGUGAGUGGGGUUUAGACCAAAAAGCUCUAUUUUUGUCUUAUCUGACCACAUGACCUUCUCCCAUUCCUCCUCUGGAUCAUCCAGAUGGUCAUUGGCAAACUUCAGACGGGCCUGGACAUGCGCUGCCUUGAGCAGGGGGACCUUGCGUGCGCUGCAGGAUUUUAAUCCAUGACGGCGUAGUGUGUUACUAAUGGUUUUCUUUGAGACUGUGGUCCCAGCUCUCUUCAGGUCAUUGACCAGGUCCUGCCGUGUAGUUCUGGGCUGAUCCCUCACCUUCCUCAUGAUCAUUGAUGCCCCACGAGGUGAGAUCUUGCAUGGAGCCCCAGACCGAGGGUGAUUGACCGUCAUCUUGAACUUCUUCCAUUUUCUAAUAAUUGCGCCAACAGUUGUUGCCUUCUCACCAAGCUGCUUGCCUAUUGUCCUGUAGCCCAUCCCAUCCCUGAUGUCCUUACACAGCUCUCUGGUCUUGGCCAUUGUGGAGAGGUUGGAGUCUGUUUGAUUGAGUGUGUGGACAGGUGUCUUUUAUACAAGUAACGAGUUCAAACAGGUGCAGUUAAUACAGGUAAUGAGUGGAGAACAGGAGGGCUUCUUAAUGAAAAACUAACAGGUCUGUGAGAGCUGGAAUUCUUACUGGUUGGUAGGUGAUCAAAUACUUAUGUCAUGCAAUAAAAUGCAAAUUAAUUACUUAAAAAUCAUACAAUGUGAUUUUCAGGAUUUUUGUUUUAGAUUCCGUCUCUCACAGUUGAAGUGUACCUAUGAUAAAAAUUACAGACCUCUAUAUGCUUUGUUAGUAGGAAAACCUGCAAAAUCGGCAGUGUAUCAAAUACUUGUUCUCCCCACUGUAAGUCUAUAUACAAACUGUGUUUCUCCAGGGUCAAUAUGGAGGGGGUAACCAAAGGAAGACCUCAGGCACUCUUCACCUCUCUAACAUCUCAAUAGAGGACGACGGGGAAUACGUCUGUGUCACACACAACCCCUUACUGAACACCAGCCGGGAAAGCAAGGCAGCUACACUCACAGUACAAGGUGACACCAUGCACAGCCUCUCCCCUACUCCAUAUCCCUUCUGUCUGCCCUGUCCUUUCCUCUUAGAACAGCAUGGAUGAUGGAACUAGUGUUGGUGUCAGUCUGUUUCUGUUUUUGCCAACUCCUGUAUCAAUGCAGUGGUGAAAACAGUACCCAAUUGUCAAACUAUGAAGGUAAAGAUACCCUAACAGAAAAUGACUCAAGUAAAAGUGAAAGUCACCCAGUAAAAUACUACUUGAGUAAAAGUCUAAAAGUAUUUGAUUUUAAAUAUACCUAAGUAUUAAAAGUACAUCUAAUUGCUAAAAUAUACUUAAUUAUCAAAAGUAAAAGUAUAAAUAAUUUAUAAUUCCUUAUAUUAAGCAAACCAGAUGGCACCAUUUUCUUGUUUUUAUUUAUUUAUGGAUAGCCAGGGGCACACUCCAACACUCUGACAUAAUUUACAAACAAAGCAUGUGUGUUUAGUGAGUCAGCCAGAGCGGAGGCAGUAGGGAUGCCGAGCGAUAUUCUCUUGAUAAGUGUGUGAAUUGGACCAUUUUCCUGUCCUGCUAAGCAUUCAAAAUGUAAUGAGUAAUUUUGGGUGUCAGGGAAAAUGUAUGGAGUAAAAAGUACAUUAUUUUCUUUAGGAAUGUAGUGAAAGUUGUCAAAAAUAUAAAUAAUAAUUUUACAGUGCCUUGCAAAAGUAUUAAUCUCCCUUGGAGUUUUUCCUAUUUUGUUGCAUUACAACCUGUAAAUUGAAUGGAUUUUUAUUUGGAUUUCAUGUAAUAGACAUACACAAAAUAGUCCAAAUUGGUGAAGUGAAAUGAAAAAAAUAACUUCUUUCAAAAAUGUCUAAAACAUUAAUAACGGAAAAGUGGUGCGUGCAAGUCGGAAGUUUACAUACACCUUAGCAAAAUACAUUUAAACUCUGUUUUUCACAAUUUCUGACAUUUAAUCCUAGUAAAAAUUCCCAGUCUUAGGUCAGUUAGGAUCACCACUUUAUUUUAAGAAUGUGAAAUGUCAGAAUAAUUGUAGAGAGAAUGAUUUAUUUCAGAUUUGAUUUCUUUCAUCACAUUCCCAGUGGGUCAGAAGUUUACAUACACUCAAUUAGUAUUUGGUAGCAUUGCCAUUAAAUUGUUUAACUUGGGUCAAACGUUUCGAGAAGCCUUCCACAAGCUUCCCAGAAUAAGUUGGGUGAAUUAUGGCCCAUUCCUCCUGACAGAGCUGGUGUAACUGAGUCAGGUUUGUAGGGCUCCUUGCUCGCACACGCUUUUUCAGUUCUGCCCACACAUUUUCUAUACGAUUGAGGUCAGGGCUUUGUGAUGGCCACUCCGAUACCUUGACUUUGUUGUCCUUAAGCCAUUUUGGCACAACUUUGGAAGUAUGCUUGGGGUCAUUGUCCAUUUGGAAGACCCAUUUGCGACCAAGCUUUAACUUCCUGACUGAUGUCUUGAGAUGUUGCUUCAAUAUAUCCACAUAAUUUUCCUUCCUCAUGAUGCCAUCUAUUUUGUGAAGUGCACCAGUCCCUCCUGCAGCAAAGCACCCCCACAGCAUGAUACUGCCACCCCCGUGCUUCACGGUUGGGAUGGUGUUCUUCGGCUUGCAAGCGCCCCCGUUUUUCCUCCAAACAUAACGAUGGUCAUGAUGGCCAAACAUUUCUCCAAAAAGUACCAUCUUUGUCCCCAUGUGCAGUUGCAAACUGUAGUCUGGCUUUCUUAUGGCGGUUUUGGAGCAGUGGCUUCUUCCUUGCUGAGCGGCCUUUCAUGUUAUGUCGAUAUAGGACUCAUUUUACUGUGGAUAUAGAUACUUUUGUACCUGUUUCCUCCAGGUACAAAAGUAUCUAUAUCCACAGGUCCUUUACUGUUGUUCUGGGAUUGAUUUGCACUUUUCGCACCAAAGUACGUUCAUCUCUAGGAGACAGAAUGCGUCUCCUUCCUGAGCGGUAUGACGGCUGCGUGGUCCAAUGGUGUUUAUACUUGCGUACUAUUGUUUGUACAGAUGAACGCAGUACCUUCAGGUGUUUGGAAAUUGCUCCCAAGGAUGAACCAGACUUGUGGAGGUCUACAAAUUUUUUUCUGAGGUCUUGGCUGAUUUCUUUUGAUUUUCCCAUGAUGUCAAGCAAAGAGGCACUGAGUUUGAAGGUAGGCCUUGAAAUACAUCCACAGGUACACCUCCAAUUGACUCAAAUGAUGUCAAUUAGCCUAUCAGAAGCUUCUAAAGCCAUGACAUCAUUUUCUGGAAUUUUCCAAGCUGUUUAAAGGCACAGUCAACUUAGUGUAUGUAAACUUCUGACCCACUGGAAUUGUGAUACAGUGAAUUAUAAGUGAAUUAAUCUGCCUGUAAACAAUUGUUGGAAAAAUUACUUGUGUCAUGCAUAAAGUAGAUGUCCUAACCGACUUGCCAAAACUAUAGUUUGUUAACAAGAAAUUUGUGGAGUGGUUGAAAAACGAGUUUUAAUGACUCCAACCUAAGUGUAUGUAAACUUCCGACUUCAACUGUAUGUAUUCACCCCCUUUGCUAUGAAGCCCCUAAAUAAGAUCUGGUGCAACCAAUUACCUUCAGAAGUCACAUAAUUAGUUAAAUAAAGUCCACCUGUGUGCAAUCUAAGUGUCACAUGAUCUGUCACAUGAUCUCAGUGUAUAUAUACACCUGUUCUGAUAGGCCCCAGAGUCUGCAACACCACUAAGUAAGGGGCACCACCAAGCAAGCGGCACCAUGAAGACCAAGGCGCUCUCCAAACAGGUCAGGGACAAAGUUGUGGAGAAGUACAGAUCAGGGUUGGGUUAUUAAAAAAUAUCCACAACUUUGAACAUCCCACGGAGCACCAUUAAAUCCAUUAUUAAAAAUGGAAAGAAUAUGGCACCACAACAAACCUGCCAAGAGAGGGCCGCCCACCUAAACUCACAGACCAGGCAAGGAGGGCAUUAAUCAGAGAGGCAACAAAGAGACCAAAGAUAACCCUGAAGGAGCUGCAAAGCUCCACAGCGGAGAUUGGAGUAUCUGUCCAUAGGACCACUUUAAGCCGUACACUCCAUACGGAAGAGUGGCCAGAAAAAAAGCCAUUGCUUAAAGAAAGAAAUAAGCAAACACGUUUGGUGUUCGCCAAAAGCCAUGUGGGAGACUCCCCAAACAUAUGGAAGAAGGUACUCUGGUCAGAUGAGACUAUCAUUUUUUUCAUCAAGGAAAACGCUAUGUCUGGCGCAAACCCAACAUCUCUCAUCACCCAGAGAACACCAUCCCAACAGUGAAGCAUGGUGGUGGCAGCAUCAUGCUGUGGGGAUGUUUUUCAUUGGCAGGGACUGGGAAACUGGUCAGAAUUGAAGGAAUGAUGGAUGGCGCUAAAUACAGGGAAAUUCUUGAGGGAAUCCUGUUUCAGUCUUCCAGAGAUUUGAGACUGGGACAGAGGUUCACCUUCCAGCAGGACAAUGACCCUAAGCAUACUGCUAAAGCAACACUCAAGUGGUUUAAGGGGAAACAUUUAAAUGUCUUGGAAUGGCCUAGUCAAAGCCCAGACCUCAAUUCAAUUGAGAAUCUGUGUGACUUAAAGAUUGUGUACACAGCCAACCCUUGUUUGUUGAAGAUGGCAAAAUCUAGUGGCAGUGCCAAGCUUAAGAGACAUAAGAGAUUACAGCUUAAUUGCAAAGGUCUGGCUCUACAAAGUUGCUUGGGGCGUGAAUAGUUAUGCACACUUGUUUUCUGUUUUUUUGUCUUAUUUCUGGUUUGUUUCACCAAAAAUAUUUUGCAUCUUCAAGUGGAGAUUGUUGUGUAAAUCAAAUGGUGAUACAAACCCCAACAAUCUAUUUUAAUUCCAGGUUGUAAGGCAACAAAAUAGGAAAAAUGCCAAGGAAGGUGAAUACUUUCACAAGCCACUGUAGGAAAGAAAGCCACUGUAUAGUAUUGAGGCACCCCCCCAUGUUUUUCUGUUACUCUGCAGGAGUCCCUAAAAGGCUGCAGAUCACUCAGGGCCCUGACAACAUCACAGUUGCCAUAGAGACGGAGGCUUCCAUGCACUGUGCUGUCCAAGGCUUCCCAGCUCCCACAGUGCAAUGGUUCAAAGACAGCCAUCUCCUUGUGAACAACUCUGGCUUGAGUCUGCAGAACAAGGGGCAGCUGCUUGUUUUCAAGUGAAAUCUUGAGGAUAUUAUGACAUUAUAAAAGUUGUUUAUCUUUAAAUCAAAUGUAAAAAGCAAGCAGAGAUAACAAAAGUGAUAUUAAUGUGUGUGCUGUGCCCUUCAUCCCCAGGAACGUGUCUGAGGAUGAUGAGGGUUCCUACCACUGUGAGGCCAGGAACAAGAGGGAGACAGUCAGGUCUCAGACUGCCUUUCUCCUUCCAGCAGGUACUGUAUACCAUGCUCUGGUUGUUAUCAAUCAAACCCAAAUAUCAUAACUAUACUAGCACCUUUACUGACAUACAGUCCCUCCCUCCCUCUCCACAGUGAUGGGGUGGACCUUUGUCCAGCAGCCUACCAACCAGGCUGUGAGGAUGGGGGAGUCUGUUACUCUGAUCUGCAGACCCCCGUACAGCAGGCCUCCAACAACAGUGUCCUGGUUCAAAAACAACCGCCUCCUCACUCCCAAGACACACUUCACUGUCAAGCCUAGUGGAGACCUCAUCUUCCACAGGUGUGUGUGUGUGUGUGUGUGUGUGUGUGUGUGUGUGUGUGUGUGUGUGUGUGUGUGUGUGUGUGCACGCGCGCAUGCAUGUGUAUGUACAGUAUGUGUGUGUAUGACUAGAUUAUUGUUCUGUAUGAUGGUAGUCCUCCAGUCAUACUGUACAAGCCAGUGUCAAGCUGUAUUUAACUGCUUGUUUCUCCAGUGUCUAUGACACAGACAGUGGAGUCUACUUUUGUAGAGCAUCCAACGUCCACCUGUACAGAUCUGUGACCUCCAGAACAGCCAGACUGACCAUUAUGGGUAGGUACUGUAUGACAUCACACAGUAUGUAGGCUUAUUAUUGUCUAGCCAUGUGUCGGUAUAUGAGAUAUUCAGGAUGAUACUUGAUACAGCAUGUUUAUAUUCAUACAAAUACACUCACAAUCAUAAUCAAAGACACAGUUAAAUGUCUGAGAUAUACUUCCUUAGGUACAGAAGUAACAAGCUCACCAGCCUACUCUUCCUCCUCCCCCUGACCACCUUCCUGCCCUGCCAGCAUCUCCCUCUGUGAGGCUGUGGCCCCCAGUGGUGACGGUCCCUGUAGGGGCCCAGGUGGUGUUCCAGUGCCAGGUCUGGGGACAGCCCCUCCCCUCCAUCGUCUGGUCAAAACAGGGACGCUCCAUGCAGACUGGUGGCAAGAUCACUGUGGGGUACGUUCAGUGUAUUUGAGGUGGUUGAGUGGGCGAACACAGUCUUGUGUUACUGAUCACUAGAGGAAGUAUUUGGCGUCACCAACCAAUCUAUCAGGAACCUUUAGCUUGGAGAUCACUAACCUUCUUGUGGUAAUGAAUACCAGCUUCUCUGUUCUCAGCGUGAGAAACACUACCCUCUACAUCCUGUCUGUCAGGAGCUAUGAUGAGGGCACUUACACCUGUGAAGCCUCCAACACUGUGGGGCAUGACCGGAGAACAGCUACUUUACGUGUCGCUGGUAACUUACCUCACCCAGUACAGUACACACAUUCUGUUUGAUGUUAUACUAUAGAACUGUGUGUAUAAUGCAUGUCUGGAUGCCUUAAUAGAGCUGAGUACUGUUGAUCAUGCUACAUAUCUUGGCCUAUGUCCUAUGUAUGGACAACAAAGUUAACUUCAUCACAUUAGCUGGAAGUGAAGCUCAGGCGUGUGAUUAAGGUGCUUACUACCUGAAUGUAUUGAGACAAUGAUAUGAUCAUCUGAUGUGGUGCUCUCUCGCUCUCCCUCUCUCUCUGGCUCAGUAAGCCCCAUCAUAGUGUCCUUCGUGGGGGCAGUGAGCAGCUCAGAGGGGUCCUCUGUGGUCCUGCCGUGCAGGGCAGUGGGGGACCUCCCCAUCAGGUACACCUGGACCAGAGGACACUCCAUCACCCCAACCCUGGAGAGGCAUGUAGAUGGUGAGCCAGUCACAUAAAAAAAAUAAAACGUAUACCUGCCAAGAAAGAAACCCUACCACAUUCCCUUAUAAUGGCAUAGUCCCUUCUACUUUAGUGUUUGCAGAUCUGAAGAGAUGAGAUUGGUGUAAGGUUGGUGGUAAGGAGCGGUUUGGUGAAUGUGUGACUGUGCCUUCAUGUGUGUGCAGAUGAGGGGGCUCUGCAUAUCUCCAGUGUUCAGGUGUCUGAUGCAGGGGACUACCACUGUACCGCUGAGAACAGAGUGGGACGACAGCAGAGAAGAGCCACCCUCACCAUCUCUGGUUUAACCAUGGCUUUAUGAUAUACAGUAGAAUACAAGCACGCACACCAGAACUGGGCAUAAAAUAGUUGUAUUUUGUAGUUUAUUUGAAAAUACCAACUUUUCAAAUACUCGAGGUAGUCGAAUAUAGUUUAUAUAGAGCUUCAACUAAAAGGCAACUACUGUAUUUUCUUUGAUAUUUUGAAUACCUCUCAAAAACCUUAUAAUAUUUGAAAGUAUUUUGAAUACCUCUCAGAAAACCAAAUCAUAUUUGAAAGUAUUUUGAAUACCUCUCAGAAAACCAACUCAUAUUUGAAAGUAUUUUGAAUACCUCUCAGAAAACCAAAUCAUAUUUAAAGGUAUUUGAAUGUAUAUGCAAGUUAUUACAAAAAUAAUAAUAUUAUUUGAUGGCUGCCAACUAUUUGAUGAAGAACCAAAAACUACAACAGUUAGUUGAAUUAGUCUAAAUAUAUGAUCAUUAGCACAUGGUUAAACUUAAUAUAGCCUAUAGCCUAGAAUGAAAUACAUAGGGACAUGGAAUCUCCUCAACAUUAAAGUAGACCACUUUUGCUGCUUCAAAAUGACUAACAAAUAUAUUUUCAUAAUGAGUGAGACACAAGGUAAUACACUUGACAUCAAGUUCUUAUGCAUGUGUGGUAACUUUGAUUAUUACAAUAUGCAAUAACCAAAGUAUUAUGGAACAACAUACUAAUAAAAUGUGGCUCCAAAAGUAAUUACAGUUUUAUUACACGGGCACAAUACCAAUUUAAUGUUAAGUGUUAUUGAGAAUGAUAACAGUAACAAAAUAUGUCUAUUAAGUGUUGAAAGGAAAAUAAAUAUAUAAAAAACGACCUUCUUGAAUAAACUACAGCCAAGGUAGGUGGAAAAUCAUGUUAGUUUAUAUUCAGAGUAACUAUCCCUUUACAGAUGUUAUAGUGUGUUUGAAACAAGAACACUUUCCUUCAGAUGGACAAAGAGGUUCAAAGUUUGUUUUGCUAAGCAUCCAACUUGCUGUUUGCAAUGUUUGCAAAUGGCUUUGAAUUUCUCUUCAGUAUUUUCAGGUAUCAUAAAAUUAAGGCCUGCUACAGAUAAAAAGCUUUCGCCCUGCCCUGCCCCGCCCCCGCCCGCCCCUCUUGAAACCUAUUUCUCAAAGCUAACCCUUCGAUCACACCUACAGCGUCAUUGCAUUUUUGUACACCAGAAGUACAUUCAUUUCCAAUGGAAUUCUGCGUUUGCCUUGCAGCAUUGCGUUGCAGAGGCAGUUGCAGUGCAUUCUGUGUGGCGCAUACAUUGGAUUUAUCGAACGUAUGCGUCAAACUGUAUGCGUAGACAGCUUGACAGAAAUAGUAGCAGAAGGUGAAUGUUGAACUUUUGUUGCACACAUAUCCAGAUGAUGCUGCAUAACAUAUCAUCGUAACAUUUUGUGCACUAAAGCUGUCAGUGUGAUCAAGGGUUAAGGAUCUGGAUCACAUUCUGCCAUACCACACCUUUGUUUCUCUCACACCAAUAGUGUUGUUGCGCAAAAUAGUACGCAGCAUCAACUGGAUAUGUGUGCAACAAAAGUUCAACAUUCACCUUCUGCUACCAUUUCUGUCAAGCGGUCUACACAUACAGUUUGACGCAUAUGUUAGAUAAAUCCAAGGUAUGCACCACACAGAACGCACUUCAACUGCCUCUGCAGGGCAAUGCUGCAAGACAAACGCAGCGUUCCAUUGGAAAUGAAUGUACUUCUGGUGUACCAAAAUGCAAACGCACUGUCGGUGUGAUCUAGGCGUAACGUAGCUGCUGCUCCCCCUCCCCCUCCCUUCACAUUUCAGUCUUUAUAAUCACCCUCUUCUGAACCGUGAUGCUCUUCUGAACCGUGAUGAUGUAGCCUGUCUCUGCCAGAUAUUUCUGAACAGCUGAAAUAAAAACCCUGCAGCGAUUAAACGAACAUUCCUAAACACAUAUAUUAUGAAGGCUAAAACCUUCUGUUUGUAUGUUGUAACAGAUAUUGCAGUUGCACAAGCAGGACGCAGUCCCUACCCUUUGGAGCAAAAACAAUCAGCGUUGCUGCCCUAUCAGUUCCUGAAAAAAGAACACUACUUGACUGCCUGUCUAUCUCCUGCCUGGUUUACCCAAUGUUUGCAAAAAAAAACAUUACAUCUCUAUUUAGACUGUGUGUCUGGGGCUUGCUGGGUUCCACCACUGGACAGUCGAACGUUAUAGGCAGCCAAGCGUUUAACGUUAUCCGGACCAAUAAAAAUACAUGUCGAUAAUGUAUUUUGUGUAAAACAUGUAAAUACCUGCAUGUAGCCUACUCCCCACCUGAAAAAAAGAACAUGAAAUCGCGCUUAUGCUUACUGAGGCAUGGAAUGCAAUAGUUCGAAUAGUUAUGUGUACGACAUGAAGUUUGUAGGAAAUCGCGCUUAUGCUAAAUAGCCUACUGAGGGAAUGCAAUAGUUCGAAGAGUUUUGUGUGCAACAUGAAGUGUGUAGGCUACACCAGUGACCAGACAAAGGCGAUCAAGGAGGGGGAGCGGCAGCGGAGCAUUCAGCACAUCAGCUACAUAGGCAGCAGAGUGCGCACUCAGCUAUGUAAAGAAAUAUCCUGCACAUGCUCAGAAAUAUAUGUUUUUUUAGCCUGGGCAAAUUGGGAUACAGAAACUCAGUAAAAUGUAUUGCAGCUUUCGACCUUUUCUGUGGCAUAUUGAAAAUGUCAUAGCAAAGUUGAGCCUCACAACUUAUCUAUAAUUAUCUGUACAAAAUAUAAUUGGUUAAUUGGUUUGACCUGACUAUGUUCACCUGCAGCAAUUGACAUUUGGGAGAAUGGAUAUUUACAGAAUGUUUAGAUGGACAUUUAUUGUGUAGAUCAAAUAUGAUUGUCAGAUGGAUUGGAAUUGUAUAGGCGAUUGUUUGUGCUCUAUUUAUUUUAUUUAUAUCUUCAACAUGCAGUUACAGAUGCAGCCCUGCCAUUAGUUGAAGGCAGCCAAUCCAAUAGUUUCUGAAAAGUAGUCACUUCCUAAGAUCUGUAUUCAAAUAUAUAUUUUUAAGUACUUGCUUUCUCAGAUCUGUAUUCAAAUAGUUUUGAAAAAGUAGUCACUUUCUGAGAUCUGUAUUCAAAUAGUUUUAAAAAGUAGUCAUUUUUGGAGAUCUGUUUCAAAUAGUUGUAGUCACCUCCAAAGUAACUAUUUGUUCCUCCCAAAGCAUAGUGAAACUAUAGUUUUCCCAGGUCUGACACACAUGCAUGCACACAUACACAAACACAUGCAGAUACAGAUGUAGGAUCUUACUUUUAAUGCAAUGCAGGACAUUUUAAACUUGUAGUGUAAUUUAGGUUUAAAAAGGCUUCUGAAGUUUGUAAUUUCCACUUUGAAAUGUCAGACUUGAUUUUUCCUUGAGAAAAAUGUAUCAACCCCUACAAAAAUGUCCAUUAAUUAUAUUCCACAUAAUAAUUCAAAUUACCUGUUGCUGUACGCUUAUUUUCCUGCUGUAGCAAACUAGCUCAAAUUAAGAUCCCACAUCUGUAGACACACGCACGUGCACGCGCACUCACACACACACAGUCAACCUUUCUAUGCUCAUCAUUAUCUUCUCUAUCUAAAGCUGAAGAUGACCCAGCUGAUAGAGACAAGCGGCAUAGACAGAUUGUGUCUGCAGUGAGUAAUAAUGAGGUUGAUGUGAAAGUCUCUAUCGCUUGUCUGUUGAAAUGUUUCCCAUCAUCAGUAGUAGACAUGUCUAACAUCAUGAGUCACGUCUUUGUUCCUCUCUUCAGUUGUGUGCUUAUUUUAAAUGGCUUUCAGUGGCUCAGUGUGUUAUGCGUUUUAACAAUGCCAAAUUUCAUGAAUCUGACAAACAUCUUUUCACAAAUUGCAGGUUCCAAACACUGAAGCAGAGCAGAGAACUCCCCGUUCCAGUAAUGACCUGAGUCUAGUUCAGCGUUCUGAGACGACCCAGUCACAUGUCUCCUUACAGGGAGGAAGCACAGGUGUGUACAGACAAAAACAUAAACUAUAGUAUGCAGUGCAGGCAAAUCCUUGUACUAACUACCCUUUGCUGUAUUUACUAGGCAAAACAAUAUUUUAAUGUGCAUUCUUUAGAUUUUGAAUCACACUCUUUGAAAUCAAACUUUAUACAGUCAACUAUUGAGCCUAGAAACCCACAGAAAGCAGUGGUUUUCUUUGUGUUUUACUAGCAUGCAUUGUUUUGUUUGAUACCAUUAUUUUCAUUAUUUUCUAUUUGCAGUCCGAGCAUCUCAAAGAGACUCAAGCAAUGACAUCACCCACGUGUCUACUCCUGAAACUCUACGAUUGCUCUCGUCUCUCAGCCAGACAGCUUUAGGACUAGCAGGUCUCUUCAGAGGACAAACAGGACUGCUGGUGCCACCUGACCUUCACUCUCUGCUCCCAUUGGACCAGGCCUCAGCCAGUCCAACCCAGCCCACAGUCACACAGAUCCAGCCUCCAGUGCUACAACCCCCACCUCCACCUCUAUUUGGACCCUUAGACCUACUCACCCAGCCUUCAGUAACUCAUAGAGUCCUGUCACUCUCACUCACUCAGAUUCAAAUAAUACAUAACCAGCCAGCAUUAACACACAACCCACCCCCAGUGACACAACGCCAUGUUUUAGUCCCACAUAGCCAAUCUCCAUUAACACAGUCCGUAUCCCAAAGCCUCCACAACCAGCCAUCAGUCAUGCAUAUCCAGCAUCAAGUCACCGAGCAACCAAUUAAACCCCUAAACCCCAUCGCCAGUCUUACCCAGUCUCUGGUCUCACUCCCGCAGCCUUCUCCAGACUCUCCCAGCCACCCUUCUGAUCCCUCUACCCAGCAUCCUGAUUCUCUUACCCAGCCCAGAGAACCUUUGACUCAGUCUCUACUCAUACAAACCCUGCAUGCUCCUGACUCAAUCACUCAAACCCACCGUCCUGUAACUCAAAGUAAUCCUUCGGACCCACAUUUCCAGGAUCCUAGCACCAUCACCCUGUUUUCACUCUCACAAACCCAGACUCAACCAUCACCAACCCAGCCUCAACCAUCCAAAACUCAGUCUCAACCAUCACCAACCCAGCCUGAACCUACACAAACCCAGCGUACAGAUCUCCUCACCCAGCCUUCAGGCUCAAACACCCAUCCUCCUGACCUGAUCACCAUACCCCCCACCCCUGACCCCCAGGGCCCUAGUGCCCCCCGGACCUCCACCCCAGACCCCCUGCAGCAGAACGCGAGCCAGCCUGCUAACCCAGCUCAUCCAGCCAAACCAACCAGGCCCAAUGACACAGAGCCCACAGAGUGGCUGAAGAGUAACACCUCUCAGUCCCCCAUGAAGACCAACGAGGACCCCAGGUAGGGCACCAUGCAGUACAGAGGCGGGAGACGGAGGGGACUUUUAUUCCUCCCAGUCUUGUCUACUUACAUCCGGGUUCCCCAACUGGCGGCCCGCCGCGGGUGAUUUUAUUUGGCCCCCCAUGUCUUCUGAGCAAAAACAACACAUUUUAUUUUUUAUUGUUGCAUGUAAAAGACUGUAAAAACACCAGCAAAUCAGCAGUGAUUUUAAUUUGGGACGUUUUUUCCAAAGUAUUUCCAUGCAUAAUAGAGAGAUAUAUGUGACCGUUUACAAAAAUAAGCAUGGUCCCUGGCUUACAUCAUACAGUAGAUAGUUUCCACUGUCUCUGCUUACAGUGUACAUACAUUUAUUUGAGAAAAGCAAAAUAUAAUACUCUAUGUUUUAAUUGAUUGUGUGCUAUGUGGACAUUGGUGAAUAGGAGGAAUGCAACAAUAAGGCUUAAUCAAUGCAAUAACUUUCAAGACCUGAAUUUCUUAAAAUAGAUAAUGAUCUGCAAAUGUUGUCCGGAUUUGGUUUGGUGAAGAUUGUAGAUACUGGUAUGCAGCUUGUAUCUAUCUGUGGCUGACAGGCUUAAACUCCAGAUGAAACUCCACCACAGCUGCUAUCACUUUAUCUUGCUUACAUAGUUGUACAAGUUACGACAUGCACGUGGGCGUAUUAUUCUGUUGACUGUAAUAACCUAACUUUGUACAUGAUGAGACCAUGACUUGGAUUUAUUCCAAAUGAUUUUGAUUGGAUAAUGUUGCAAGAGCAAUGUACAUCACAACCGAACCUCCUAAUAUCCAAAGUCUGUCUUUUACAUACUGUAUUUGGAUCUUUAGACAAUUAUAAUCACCAUUAACAAUGAGAAUAAUUGAACAAUCUCUCUCUCUCUGUCUCAUUCCCUCUCUCUCCUCCCCCAGAAUAAAGCCUCCUCCUCCGUGGCUCCCAGUGCUGGAGAAACAUGACAUCCCCAUCGUGGUGGGAGUGGGCGUGUCUCUGGCCUUCAUCUUCAUCACCAUGGCCUUCUACUCCCUGGUCCAGAAGAACGAGCCUCUCCCCGCUAUUAGAGGUCAGUGGGCCUGUAUAGCUCAAACUGUACUGUAACUCCCUCCUAUUGUCCACCCUUUGGCACACUGUGCUCAUUGUUCAAUAUACUCUGAGGCAGGACACUCUCAUAACAAACCCGGGCACCCCCUAUUAAUGUGGGCACCCCUACAAUCAUAAAAAAUAUAAAAAUUGUUUUGCUCAUUCCCAAGAUUCUGUAUGUGAUUUGAACCCUGCAUGGAGUUAGAAGUGGAAAUAUUAAUUUAUUUUAUUGAAUCCCAUUAGCCUUGUCUUCCACAGUUCCCAGGAACCUGGGCGUCCCCUGCAGACAUGCUGAACGUCUGGACACUGGGAGGACCUAUGAGAACAGGUGACUGUUGUCAGCACUAUUGUUGUUGUUGUGGAGGAUACCUCUAUGAAAAUAGGACUGUACUUAUCCUAAUGGCUAAUAUACAGUAUAUGUAUCCUCUGUUCUGAAAGGGCGUUUGAGGAUGAUGAUUUGGUGGCUGUGAUUGAACAAAGCCCCAACACGUCAGAUACACGCGCCAGGCCUCCUGCCCCCAGCCCAGUCACUGUGAUGAUAGACCCUGCCUCUGAUGAGACUCAGGAGACACAGCCCCUGCACACUCCAGAACACUCGGUCAUAGCAGAGACCUACCCUGAGCCUAGCGAAGACACACAGGUCAGUGUGUGUGUGUUCGCAUGCAUGAAUAUGUAAAAUCGGGUCCAAUAUAACAUUUCCCACACAUUACCAUACCAAGAUAUUACAAAUUCGGUUGCAGCAGCUGUCUGGAUCCUCUCCACCUCAGGUUGAUCCCUUCCUGGAUGAAGAGAAGGAAUGCAGCCUGUCUCACCCCAGCAUCCAGCUGCAGUGUGUGGAGGACUGGGGGGGCGGAGGAGUAGAAUACGGACAAUGCCAGGACCAAGAAAUCCUCCCCCAGCCCCCCUCUCUCUCUCCUUCCCCUCCUCCUGUGCGUGAGGAAAGCCUGCGCUCCUCCCUGACCCUCCAGACCGCUGAGCCCUAUGCCACGCCCGUCCGCCAUAGCGUCAGCAUCUCCCACGGUAACGCCCCCCUCCUCCUCUCCCACUGCAUCUCCCUGGGCCUUACCACGGUCGCCGUUGAUGUCCACUUCUACCCAGCAGCCCCUGCUUCCACCACCACCACGACUGUGGCAGCUGCCACCCAGAUUAAUGCUACCACCGCUGCUGCUGCUCCAGGGCCCCAGCUCAGCUCCCGAUUGGCCCACAGUCAGGAGCAUGACCAAUCGGCUCCCAGCGUGCACCAG